AUGGAGCCUCCCCCCUCUCUGAGCCUGGCUCUUCUGGGAGGGAGCGAGGACGAGGACCAGCGCUUCCCUCUUCCCCUAGGAAGUAUGCCCCAUCCCUCCAUUACUGGCAACUAUCCAGGAUCAAACCACUCCAACCACAUGGGAGGAUCCAGCCUCGACCGUCUGAAUGGCAGCACCCCGUCCCCAUCCCCUGCCACACCCAGCCUGCUUCCAGCAUCGCUACCCAAGCUACCCCUGUCCUCCUCCGGAGCGCAACCUCUGCCACCUCCCAUCCCCAACGCCCUGCACCCCACCAGCACCCCGCUCUCCUCCUGCCUGGGCUCUCAGCACAGCCUGAGUGGAGACAACUCCCCAGUCUACAACGCCCUCUUCUACUCCUCCCACUCGCCCUCCAUGGAGCGAGAGAGGGAGAGAGAGCGGGACAGGGACAGAGACAGGGACAGGGAUAGGGAUAGGGAGAGGGAGAGGGAGAGGGAGAGAGAUAGAGGCUGCAAACACAGACAGGCCAGCCCUCUGGUUCAUCGCAGGGACAGUAACCCCUUCACAGAGAUUGCCAUGAGUUCCUGUAAGUACACCGGGGGAGUCAUGAAGCCCCUGAGCCGCCUCAGCGCCUCGCGCAGAAACCUCAUCGAAUCAGACAGCAGCAGCGAAACCAAAGAGGGUGGUGUUUCAGCUGUCGCUGGAGCAACAGCCACUGGGGGGCGAGAUCGGGAGCGAGAAGCCCCUCCUCCCUCUUCUGCGGCCCAGUCUUCUACCAAUCAACCCCCAGUCCAGAACCCUCCAGAGAUUGUGAUUUCAUCCAAAGAAGACUCACCGUACGCCAGGGGUUAUGACAUCACCGACUCCUCAUCCAACCAGAUGUCCAUUUACCACCAGAACCACGCGUUGGUAGAGAGCAGGCGAGCGCUGAGCGGGUCAGGGGGCGUUGGAGCUGGGGGCGUUGGCAGCAGGCAGGGAGGUGUGGGGGCAGCAGGCACCGGAGCCAGGGGCAGCACCUCCAAAGCAUCCAAACGGAAGAACCAAAACAUUGGUUAUAAACUGGGCCAUCGCAGAGCGCUGUUCGAGAAGAGGAAGAGGCUGAGUGACUACGCCCUCAUCUUCGGAAUGUUUGGCAUCGUUGUCAUGGUGAUUGAGACGGAGCUGUCCUGGGGCGUGUACAACAAGAGCUCCAUGUAUUCUCUGGCCCUGAAGUGUCUGAUCAGCCUGUCCACAGUCAUUCUGCUGGGCCUCAUCAUAGCCUACCAUGCACGGGAAGUUCAGCUGUUCGUCAUUGACAACGGAGCGGAUGACUGGCGAAUUGCCAUGACGAUGGAGCGGGUGCUGCUGAUAGCCCUGGAGCUGCUGGUGUCUGCGGUGCAUCCGGUGCCCGGGGACUUUAAGUUUCAGUGGCGGGCGCGGCUCGCCUUCUCCUACGCUCCGUCCCAGGCCGAGGCUGACCUGGACAUGGUGUUGAGCGUGCCCAUGUUCCUGCGCCUCUACCUCAUCGCCAGGGUCAUGCUCCUGCACAGCAAGCUCUUCACCGACGCCUCCUCCAGGAGUAUAGGCGCCCUCAAUAAGGUGCACUUUAACACACGAUUUGUGAUGAAGACUCUCAUGACUAUCUGCCCCGGGACGGUGCUGCUGGUCUUCAGCAUCUCUCUGUGGAUCAUCGCUGCCUGGACCGUACGAGUGUGUGAGAGGUAUCAUGAUGCCCAGGAUGUGACCAGUAACUUCCUGGGGGCUAUGUGGCUCAUCUCCAUUACUUUCCUAUCCAUCGGCUACGGAGACAUGGUCCCUCACACCUACUGUGGCAAGGGAGUGUGUCUGCUCACCGGAAUCAUGGGUGCGGGCUGCACAGCUCUGGUGGUUGCCGUGGUAGCGAGGAAGCUGGAGCUGACCAAGGCUGAGAAGCAUGUGCACAACUUCAUGAUGGACACGCAACUCACCAAGAGGAUAAAGAAUGCGGCGGCUAAUGUGCUAAGAGAGACCUGGCUCAUCUACAAACACACCAAACUGAUGAAGAAGAUCGACCAUUCCAGAGUUCGCAAGCACCAGAGGAAGUUCCUCCAGGCUAUACAUCAACUACGCAGUGUGAAAAUGGAGCAGAGGAAGCUCAGUGAUCAGGCCAACACACUAGUGGACCUCUCAAAGAUGCAGAGUGUCAUGUACGAGCUGAUGUCAGAGCUCAACGACCGCAGUGAGGAUCUGGAGCGCCAGAUGCUGUCCCUGGAGCAGAGGGUGGAGCAGCUCACCGCCGGCUUCACGGCCCUGCCCGCCCACCUCUCGGCUACCCUCAGCGCUCAGCACGCCGCCCUGGUCCACCUGCUCAGAGACAGGGAUGCACGGGAUGGCAGGGGAGGAGGAGCAGGAGGAGAAAAAGGAGGAGGAGGAGGGGGUGCUGUGGUCCCCCUGUCUCCAGUUCCACCCUCAACCACAGCUCCAACCUCAGUGUGUCCAGCCCAGGUCGUGGCUCCCACCUCGCAUCCUGCCCAGGUUUCUGCCCUGGCCCUAGAGUCCCCACUGACAGCCCAGCCACUGAGCCCAGAGGGGAGCCUGGAGGCUAGUCCCAGCCCCAACUCCUGCACCUCGAGCUGCUGAAGACAGCAGUGAGGACAGCAGACGAGGACAGAGAUGGAAAGGAAACAGAAGGAGAGAGGGGGAGUGGUGCUAGUCCUAGUGCUAGGAUCUCUAACAGGAGACUAAAGGAGAGGGAGGAGGAAGUUGAGGGUAUCCUCUAAAAUCAUCACUCUACCACAGGAAGAACGAUGGGAAGAUGAGGAGAAAUAAAGUGACAGGAUUAAGAUGGAGGGCUAGUGAGAAAGAUCAGACAAUUCUCCUACGGACUUGGGAGACCUUCAUAGAAAAUGGAAGGGCAACAUCAAGGAAUGCUAUUAUAGGAGGAGAAAAACAGAGAUUGGAUAGAGAUUCUAAAAAAUGUGAGGGGGAGGAAUGAUGGCCAGAGGAGAGGAAUGCAGGUAGAGAGCAUGAGGAGAGAGGAGGAGAGAUAACGCGGAAUAAUUAUUUGGACGCAGAGCUCCUAAAUGGAAUCCACUCUAAUUACUGAAAAAAGGUCUCUUAUUCUGUUUCUCUCUCUCUCUCUGUUUUAGUCUCUCUCUCUUUCUCUCUCUCUCUCUUUCCCUCUCUUUCUCUAUACCUCUCUCUCUCUUUCUCUCUCUCUAUCCCUCUCUCUCUCUCUCCCUCUCCUCCCUUCAUCAGGAAUUAAUGACCGUGACUUUUUAUCCUUAUGAUGUAUUUUCUAUCUGAAUGCUAAUUGUGUGUUAACGAGCAUCCCUUUAACAGAAGGUUCGACAAUACGACCACGAUACAAACUAGUGGCAUGCACCACACACACACACACACACACACACACACACACACACACACACACCUACAUGCACACACUCACACACACGUACACACACAGAAAUCCACAUUUCUGCAUUCACGCAAUAUAAAUGAACUCAGCAUACACAUGAAUACACAAUCUCCAACUAUGUAGACCCUAUGUACAUCCACACGAAGAAAUCACUGCACUAGCCCACGAGAAAAUACUAAAGCCUAUACUGCCAAGCACACAAUGCACUGUCCGUUUCAACAGAGCACUGCCGAGCGAAUUUAGACACACUGUAAAAAAUGUUCAUCUAAACGACUUACAGUAUCUAUUGUGCUUGUGAGCUAAUGUAGUAGUUUAACCUUGCAAUCCAUAGCUGUGGCGUUCUCAGAGGGACCUCAGCUGCUCACUGAAUUUCACAAAGUACAAAUUUCACAUCCAAUCACAGAUCAGGUAAAUUGAUAUUAUAUAUACUGUAUAUUAUAUUGAUAUUAUAUUGACUUGAAUCAUAAAAUUUGCGAUGAGAAGAUGUUAGUAGAUGAUGAAAAAAAUAACUUCACAGAAUAAAAACAGGAUUUUACCCCACUGGUUGAAUUACAGCAUAAUUGUACAUUAGUCAAGCUAAAAUAAGCCUUCGGAAGAGUUACUGCUACUAAAAGUUACUGUGUACUUCACUUUAAAUUCAGCUAACCAUUCUUCUGACAACCUCAGAAGAUGGAAGUUUAUUUGAAGAAAUGUCCGAUGAGUGUUCUUGAAUGUGAUGGGUUAUUUGGAGAAUAGCCAUUGAUGAAAUUGGCAUUUUUAACCUGGUUGGUUUAUGUUAAUAUAAUAACACUGGUCUCUAAGGUGUAUCUACCUACAACACUACUGCAACAAUUUUUAACUAAAAGUCAAACCUUUAUCCAAUUGAUCAACAAUAUGUUUAUCGAUAACUAUUGACCUGCUCAUUUGUUUACUUAGUUGUUGCUAUGGAGAUGCUGUAGUAUCUAUUGUUUGCAGUCAUUCUCUGAACAAAAUGUAAGUUGUACUGAUAAGCAAUGAAAUGUUGAUUUAGUACAGUAGCACAUACCAUAGUAAAAUGAUAGAAUCUUUAUUGACUUAGAGUGUCCAACACUGAUUUACUUGUGAUUAUAAGUUGAAAUGAUUAAUAUUUUUUCACAGUGUACAAAAAAAAACCACAUACUUAUGAUCCUUCAUAAAGGGAAGAAGACCUUACUGCCAUAUUUCUUCAAGCUUACAGUCCCAAAACAACUCACUGUUAUCAUGAAUGUACUCUGUAUAAAGAAAAACACGCAAACACACAACUUGCCACACACACACACACACACACACACACACACACACACACACACACACACACACACAUACAUACACACACACACAUACACACCUUGACAACCAAAGUGCUCUCUCUUAAAUGGACUUCAAUAAGAGGCAGGGAACGCUGCUGUCACUAGGGACAAAAGAUAGCAGGAGGCGUUGCAGAUUUCUUGACAAUAUUUCUGAGGGAAUAACUGUGAAAAUGUGGGCAUGGACUUGUUACAGUGCUGUACAUGGACUGCUCUUCACUGAGAUCCAGGUGGACUGCGAAUGAACUGAAAGCAACACAAAUAAACCUUAUAAAGGAUAAAUGGCCAUGAAGGAACAGCUGUUCAAGAAAUAAAUAAAACAUAGAAACCAAGACUAACAUAUAUCUAAGAGGAAUUAUAAAGGUGUGCUGGGAAAAAAAAAAAGAGUCAAGCCUACCAGUUCUC